UCACCUCGGCGCACCGCCCUCUGCCUCCUCACGCAGCGUCGCCGUCUCCAUGGCUGCGGCCGUCAGCGAGUACCGGCGGGAGCAGAGCCUGCCCCUGCCCGGCAGCAGCGCCGCGCUCUACAACAACCUCAGCGUGCUCCGGGCCCGCCCGCCCGCGGCCCAGCUCCACCGCUUCAGCGCCGUGCACGGGCCCAGCCUCAGCCUCCUCAGCGCCGCCGCCGGCCUCGGCCUCUCCCAGCGGCAGCUCCCGGCCCGGGAGCCCGGCUCCGGCCCCAGCCCCGCGCUGCUCACCCAGGCUGCCUGGUGCCCUCUGCCCUCCCGGGUGCUGCUGGUGCUCACUUCCCACAGGGGGAUCCAGAUGUACGAGGCCGACGGCUCCGCCCUGGUUUACUGGCACGGACUGGAAGCACUGGAGCAGCCUCCCGCACAAGCCCUGUUUGCCCGUGGGAUCGCUGCAGCCGGAGAGCGAUUCAUCUGCGUGGGGACGUCCUCGGGGCCGGUGCUGGUGUUUGACGUCCCCCCCAAAGGCUCCAACGUGGCCCUGAGCCAGGUCCUGCAGGGGCACGGGGCCGCCGUCACCGACAUCGCCGCAGAGCAGGGCCAGGCCCCGGAUGGGGCCGGGGACCUGGUGAGCGCCGAUGACGCCGGGGCCCUGUGCGUGUGGAGCUCGGGUGAGGAGUUCCGGCUGCUGAGCAGGGUCCCUGCCUGCGGCUGCACCUGCUCCUCCGUGGCGCUGUGGCAGGGGACGGUGGCCGCCGGCUUCGGGAACGGGCAGAUCCGGCUCUACGAGGCGGCGAGCGGGCGGCUGCGGGCCCAGGUCAAUGCCCACGCGCGCUGGAUCAAUGCCCUGGACCUGGCACCGGACACAGGGAAGGUGCGGAUGGGAGCGGGGGUCCUGGCGUCGCAUCCUGCAUCCUGA